CGCGUGGAUUUAGUUGAUUUAUUUAUUCGUAUACUUAUUGUCGUAACUUGUGUAUCGUACCUUUCGUACGUGUGGCAAGAACGACGUGAGUCAGGUAAUGAUACGCAGGGUGUGAGAUAGCACGUUCACAAUCAUCGAAUGGCAGAAGGAGAGAGAGGUACUCAUCAUCGUCCUCAUCAACAUCCUCCCAUGGAAGAAAACGCACACGAAGAGGGAGAUCCCGAUCAUCUCACCGUCAGAAGGCACUGUCAAGAUCUCCACGUGUAAGAUCCGAAUCACCACACAGGUUUGGGAGGAGGCGUGAACCAUGGCGGAAUGACUUCCAUGCAUGGUUCACCGCAGUAUUGAAAGAGGAGAUAUUUUCCCUACGCAGGGAAGUGGAUUGUUUGAAGAAGCAAGUCGAGAAGAUGGCGGAGAAAUAUGACGAGAUGAAGCAACAAGACAAAACGCAGAAAGUUGAGAAACAAGAAACAGGCGAGAAGCAAGACACGAGGGAGAAGAACAAUGUUGCGUCGCCGAUUACUGUCGAACAACUGAAAGGAAUGAUUGACAGAGCGCUGGAGGGAGCGCUACCUCGGUCAACACAAAUGGAUAAGGAAAAGACGAAGGUGACACUGGGGAAGGAGGGAGCAAGUAUUGGAGGGAACAUGACGAAUGGAGAAGUGGAACACGUGGCAACAGCAGUACAUGACAUCAAACGGGACGUUGAUGAGAUCAAGCUCAUGAAGUAUGAGCUCGCUGCAGUGAAAGGCGCCUUGAAAAAAUUCAACACACCAAGUAGAUCGCACACUCCGAUGCGUUUAGCAAUUACGCCAAGAAUGUUGAAGACGACCAAGGUAGUAUCGCUACAAAUCGGGGCACCUUGUUCGACAACAGCACGGACAACAAUCAGUGCUCCAUCAAUCCUAAAGAAUCCAAGACCUACGGCGAAGGCGAAAUCAAAACGAAGUAUUGAUUUCAGUUUCCAACCAAUAACCGAAUAUCAAUUGCUUCGUCUUCGUUACACUGAUCUGAAAGAAUUAAGCAAGAUACACGGGCUGAAGUAUGUGGACAAGGCACAGGCUAUCGCAACACUCAGGAAAGCUCCGGGACUCAUCAUCAACGAGGGGCGCGACUUCGUACAUGACUCAGAUAAAGAGACGAGGAUGGAACACUCUGACGAAAUGGUUAUCUCUACCCGCAACCAAGACAACGGUGAUUCAGACGAUAUUGGGGAGUCGUCAGACAGUGAUGAAGUGGACACAACAGACAAAUCAAGCGAGCAAGAUAUCAACGGAAGGUAGAUGCGAAUGGGUCGAUGAACGCAGUACUAGUAGGUGACGAAUGGGGAUUCAUACACGGACUGACAACCAGACUUGAAAUAAUGGUAAGUGUGGGACAAUCAGGGAAUUUUUACACAACCAUUGGAAGAUGUUAUGCGAACCCCCAGACUGCCACUGUAUGACCUUGGACCUUCCCAGGAUUGCGGUCAUGUAGCUUGCAGAUUGAGUGAAAUCACGAGUAAUGAAUUGCUCAGGAACAC